CCCCGCGCAAAAAAAAUCCAAUCCAAUCAAAUCAAAUCAUCAAUCAAUAGACGAAUGUUUCCAGUGAUACGUAUAUCAUUUAGUGGUUUAGAAUCGGAUGCGAAAUAUUUAGUAUUAAUGGAUAUUGUACCAGUUGACUGUAAACGAUAUCGUUAUGCGUAUCAUCGAUCAAGUUGGUUAGUAGCUGGUAAAGCUGAUCCAGACUUACAUUUACGUCAUUAUGUACAUCCUGAUUCACCAUUUACCGGUGAACAAUUAAUGCGACAAACUGUAUCAUUUGAAAAAUUAAAAUUAACCAAUAAUGUAUUAGAUAGACAAGGUUAU